AAAACUAAUGUAGUCUCAUUCACAAUUCACAAGUGUCUCUCAAUUUUACCAAUCCCAAAUGCAAAGGCACACACUUUAACGGUCCAGAUUAUCCAAUUAACACGAACUUUCAUGCAAACACAUCAAACGACGCCACGUGUACGGCUAGAUAAUGCUCAGAAUUUAUAUAACUCUACAAAGUACCUCACUAUAUCUUUGAUCCAUCCACAAAAACCCCUUUGCAAUCACAAAACACUCGUUUCAUUUCGUCACCGUCCACGGCGGAGCACCACCGCCGGCAAAAUUUUCCGACCUUAGUUCCGGUUUGGUGCUCUAAACUUGUUUCAUAAGAGAUCUUACCUUCAUUUGUUGGAUUCCAUUUUCUUCUUAUUCUAGAUUUUGAUUUGAUGGUGUAAUUGAUCGAGUUUGAAGGUUUUGCACUAUUCAGUGAGUUUGAUUAAUCGUUAACAUCACAGAGAUAUGUCUUAUCAGAAUAAAGGCUUUUGGAUGCCCCAGGAUGCUAGUUGCUUAGCUGAAGAAAAUAUUAGCUAUGAGAAAUCUUCAAGAGUCGAACAAAAGCGAAGUCAUCAAUGGUUUAUGGAUACUGGUGAACCAGGAAUAUUCAACAACAAGAAACAAGCAGUUGAAGCUGUUAGUGACAGACCAGUUUCAGCAGUGAAUGUUUCGCAAUGGGACACGGGUUCGGGAUUUCACUCACUGACAGGACAAUUUUCUGAUCGUCUCUUUGGAUCUGAUCUUAUACGGUCUGUUAAUUCAGUCGAUAAAAGCAUACCGUCAGUUGGAAGUGGAAAUCCGAACAUGGGAAUAAAGGAUUUUGGUGAUCAGUAUGGUAUUGAUCCAUCUGUCGGACUGUCAAUAUCUUCUUCAUGUCUGAAUUUUGGCGGUAUCAGGAAAGUUAAAGUUAAUCAAGUCAGAGAUUCUGACCAUGGCAUGCCAGCUGCAUCCAUAGGGAACUCUUGUAGUCUGUCUGAUAACAAUACAUUUUCAAUUGGUUCAGAUUACAAUAAGAUUGAUGGAAAUAUUACAUCGGGCCUAACUUAUAACAAUGGAAAUGACAACACCAUUGCUUUAGGUAUAAGCAAGCCCGAUGAAAAUCUCUUUUCAACCGGUCACAUCUUCCAUAAAGGGGAUAGGAGUUUUUUAUUGAUGGGUCACAAUUAUGGUAAGGUAGAUGAAAGUGCCUUAUCAAUUGAUCGGCCGUCUGAUAGGGGAGAUGGAAAUUUCGUAACAAUGGGUCAGACAUAUGGAAAGGACGAUGGCAAUUUGAUAUCUCUGGGAACGACAUAUUCCAAGGCGUAUGCGAGCAUAACAUCAAUUGGUCCAACCUAUGGUAAAUCAGGAGAAACUUUCACAACUGCUCCAUCGUUCGACGCCGGAAACUCUAGCUCUUUUGUAGGUUUUCAUGUUGACCCUGAACCGAUUCCCUCUGUUGGAAUCAUUAAUAGUUCCAAUCCAUUAAUAAGCAAACAGAACUUGGCUCAAGGUGUAGAUAGCCAGAAGGAUCUGACUGAAUCAAACCCUGAUCCGCGUGUAAAUAUCACUCAAAAACAUAAUGCUAAAAAUGAUACUGUUGUUAAGAACAAAGAGCCAAAUUCGACUAAGAAGACUUCAAACAAUUUUCCUGUAAAUGUCAAAAGUUUAUUGUCAACUGGUAUUUUUGAUGGCAUUCCGAUAAAAUAUUGUACAUGGUCAAGGGAGAAAUAUCUUCAAGGAGUCAUAAAAGGAACCGGUUACUUGUGUUCAUGUGAUGUCUGCAAGGGGCAAAAGGCGCUUAAUGCAUAUGAAUUUGAGCGUCAUGCCGGGGCCAAGUCAAAACACCCUAACAAUCACAUUUUCUUUGAGAAUGGAAAAUCAAUAUAUGGUGUUGUUCAAGAGCUGAAAAACAGUCCUCAGGAGAUGCUUUUUGAUGCAAUUCAAACUGUAACUGGCUCCACCAUCAAUUUAAGGAACUUUCGUAUUUGGAAAGCAUCGUACCAAGCUGCUACUCGUGAGCUUCAGCGCAUCUAUGGAAAGGAUGAUGACUCAGCCAUACCGUCUUAAAUUCGGUUUUGUUCCUGAAAGUUUAGAACAGUUGUAGAUAUGUAAUUUCUUCUGUGUAUGAAUGGUAGCAUAAAAGUUUAUGACUUUGUAAUUGAAAAUUUUAGUUGGUUUUUCUUGUAAGAACUUGAUUGUUUUAUUUAUGGAAAUGAAGAUGUCUAUUUCAUGGUUUA